AUGGUAGGAAAGAAGAUGAAAUGUCACAAGCUAGGCGUCAGACAAUGGCCAAAAUGGGAUUCGGUUCGGACACAACCAACUUGGAGGUACGCUGUUGCCGGGAUGCCAUUUUGGCGAAAUGCCUCUGGCGCCAAGGAGCAAACAGAAUGCUGCCAUUGCAGACGUGGAGUCUACAAGAACGGUGAUUCGAAUGUUGUGAUCUGCCGAUCUCGUCAUAGUUCUGUGAUGAUCAGACGAUCCGACAGUGGCUCAAGUAGCGGAACUCGUGAGCUACUCGCCAGAAAAGCGGAAGUCCAUUAA